CGAACCGCGCGCGAAGCAGAUCGUCUUGCGGUUUCGGUCGUGCGUUUGUGUUGUACUUAGUGUUUAUAUUUUACAAAUAUAUAAGGAGAUGUCGAAGGAUGCUCCUCGUCUGAGUCGGCUGGGGGUGCUCGCUCCCGCCGCCCUGUCGGCAUGUAUGGACGCGUCUGUCCUGGCCGUGCCGGCCGCUAGCGCCAUCGUAUCCACAGUCCUUAAGGAACUAAGCAAGGCUUUCAUGUUAAAAAAAUGGUUCCAUGGCGUUAUGUCAGCUAAAGAAGCUGAAAGUCUCAUCAUGGAAAAGGGCAAAAACGGGUCGUUUCUAGUGCGGGAGUCGCAGACGCACCCGGGGGAAUACGUGCUGUCCGUCAGAGUGCGGGGCAGGGUCAGCCAUGUGAUGAUCCGGAAACAACAAAACAAGUACGACGUAGGAAGCGGAGAGCAGUUCGACGAUCUGGUCGGAUUGAUUGAGCACUUCCGAUCCUACCCUAUCAUAGAGAGCUCCGGCGACGUGCUCCGCUUGCUGCAGCCCGUGUCCGGAACUUGUCUCAAAUCGCAGGAUAUCGAUCGGGAAGUUCAGGAAAUGGAUAUAUUGGGAAAACUAGAAUAUAGAAUGCAGGACUACGAUAGCGAGUACCGCACCGCGUUAGCGAUAGAUAAACUUAACACAUUCACCUAUGUUGAAGCGGCCAAGUGUGAAAAUAACAAGAAAAACAGAUACCGAAACAUAAUACCUUAUGAUCAAACGCGCAUAGUAUUGCGCAAGCCGCUCGGUCGUCCUGAUGCUUCGGACUAUAUAAAUGCUACCUUCAUACGCUCCUACUUACCGCACAAAAACGGGAUAAUUUAUCGUCCUGUUUUCCUGCCCAAUCCUAACAACCCUGAUGUGCCGUUGAUCGCAACCUACAGGAACGCUCGCGUUUGUAGGGAGGGCCAGGGUUACACCAAGUUGGACCCCAACAAGUGCACAAACUUGAUCAGGGAUAAAUACUACAUAGCGACUCAGGGUUGCCUCCCGAACACUAUUGAUGAUUUUUGGCGUAUGAUAUGGCAAGAAGAUGUGCGCGUCAUUGCCAUGAUCACUAAGGAGAUAGAGAAGGGAAAGCGCAAAUGCGAGCGCUACUGGCCAAGCCUUGGCCAGGAAGUGAGAUUCGGUGGUAUUUUAAUAAGAUCCCUUUCGGAGAGCUUCUUCGAAGACUAUCACGUGAGGGAGAUGGAAGUGAGUCUGAGGAACAAAUCCAAGAGGAUUUACCAAUAUCAAUUCACUGAUUGGCCAGACCAUGGAAUACCAAGAGAAGCCGAAGGUAUUCUGAACUUCGUCGAUGAUGUAAACAGAAAGAUGCAUUACAUCUCGCAGCAGAAAAAUGCUCCCGAGAGGAGCGUUCUGUGCGUUCAUUGCUCGGCCGGGGUCGGAAGAACUGGCACUUUUAUUGCCAUCGAUAUGAUCGUCAAUAGAUCCAAAGAACAUGGGUUCACUAAUGAGUUAUACGUAUUCGAUGCUGUGAAGACACUCCGCUUGCAGCGCGCUGCCAUGGUGCAAAACCUGGCUCAAUACAGAUACAUACACUAUGUUCUGAAAGCCUUCACUCAGUUGAACAUUAGUAAUGAGCGCAAAAUACGGUUCAUAGAGGGUGGAGGAUCGGAACUUGAUGGGGAACCUCAGGCCUAAGCGAAGGAGUCUACCAAAGCGACAUAUAGAAUUAAGAUGUUAUUUAUUCCUCUUUUACAAUUCAUUGUAAUUUGUCGUUUACGUACAUAUAAAUGUACCAGGAUGUCAGUAGUUGAAUGACAUUGUAAACAUGACAUUGUAAUGAUUAUUAAAGUAUUAAUAAAGUA